CGGGGCGGCCAGCAGCCAUGCAGAGCGCCGCUCCCGGCGGCGCCCCCGCCCUGCACCUGCUCACCUCCUAUUUCAUCGACAGCCUCCUUGGCGGCGGCGGCCACGCCGGCGGGGACGCCGCAGAGGCGCGCCAGCCGCCCGGGGCCCCGCAGGUAGCGCGGGGGGAAGAGGAGGAAGAGGAGCCACUGCGGGAGAAGACGGGCAGCCGCGCGGAGGAAGCGAACGAGGGCGAGCGGGAGGUGCCCCCCGGGCCGGGCGCCCCAUCCGGCGCCCCGGAGGCGCCCGAGCCGCUGAAGCGCAAGCAGCGCCGCUACCGCACCACCUUCAGCAACGCCCAGCUGCAGGGCCUGGAGCGCGCCUUCCGCAAGUCCCACUACCCCGACGUCUUCACCAGAGAGGAACUUGCGAUACAGUUAGACCUCACAGAAGCCCGAGUCCAAGUCUGGUUCCAAAACCGAAGGGCAAAGUGGAGGAAACGGGAAAAAACAGAGAUUCCAGGAAACAGGUCUGGCAUCUCCUGGACACCACCUCUGGGUUUGUACUUGGACAUCCCACUGAACCAGACCCCCCUCUUGGACCCCACGUGGAGAUCGCUGCCCGUUUCUGCAAUGGCGGUGCCUCCUAUGGCCCCAGCGUUCAGCCCAGCAACUUUGACACCAUUCAGCAUCGGUAGCUUUGCCUGGACUUCCCUUUUCCGAAGUUCAAUAUUAAGCCCUCAACUUGGAAGGUUUCUUAGUGCGCUAAAUCCUUUGAUGACCACCACCUCGGUUCUAAUGAAAACUCCUGGAGGACCGGCCAAUGCUGUUGUCACCACCUUCGCCAAUCCUAUCCUGGCUGAGAGGAAAAACUCGAGCAGUGCAGACCUGAGACUGAAAGGCAAAGAACGAUCUGCACAGAUUCCUCCCUUGAACCUUUCGCCAAAUCUCAGGAGUACCGAGAAAGAUCUUUACUAACCAUCUUUGACCGGGGAUUGUCUUUUGGCCAAAGUGCAUCAGUGUCUCCCCAGAAACAGAGACACCCACUUGGGAAAAGUCAGUGUGGCUCUUCCCUUGGUCUAAGCUGUUGCCCUCUGCAGUUCCUCUCUUUUCAUGCCUGGAUGGUUUUUAAGAAAGACUGCUUUUUUACUUAAAAAGGGGAAGGCUGGCAGGGGGAUGUUGAUUAAGAAUUAACACUCCCAAGGAAAGUGGGUGCUAAAAAAAUCUUGCAAACAGGAGGGAUCUAGUUUGUACGAUUUUUUUAAAGUGGAGCUUUGUUUCUUUUUGGAAACCAGUGGCACAACGCUGAAACCAUCCUGAGUUGUCCAUAUGCUCCAACAGAUACCUAUUGUGUAAGUGAGGAACCUCUGCCAAUGUUACUGUACCAGGGAGUGUGGCUGAAGUUGAGGAAUCCUGUGCGUUAUCACUCACCUUUGAAAAGGUGAGGGGCUAAGCAGUACUAGAAGUGGAGCUGCAAAACCAUUUUAUCAGCUCCCUUCUAUACAAAGCAAAGAGGAGGCAGCUCAGCGUACUUGGUUGUUAAGAUUGGACAUAGAGGAAGGAAUAUUUUCUAAUUUGCCUGCCUCCCUGUAAAUUCAUCACUUAAGGCAGUAAUACCACUGGGGUGGAGUGGUUAAGAGAUUAGACCAGUGUUUCUCGACCUUGACAACUUUAAGAUGUGUGGACUUCAACUCCCAGAAUUCCUCAGCCAGCAUGGCUGGCUGGGGAAUUCUGGGUGUUGAAGCCCACACAUCUUAAAGUUGCCAAGGUUGAGAAAUACUGUGUUGGACUAAUCCUGGGGUAAGCCAGGAGCAAAGCCUGCUUCAGCCAUGACAUCUCAGUGGGGAAUUUGGACCAGUUGCUAUGAUUCAGCCUCACCUACCUUCUUCCACCAUCUUGUUGGGGAGGGGAACUAAAAGGGUGCUCAGGGUGUUCUCCCUAAGGAUGUGCAAAACUCACAGAUCCAGGUGAGUACUAGUGUUCACAUUUGGGGGCAGUUGAAGAGAGACCAGCCAUGUGAGAUUUCAUGUCAUACUAAGCCACAAUGCAAGUCCCCCCUUUUGGGAGAGAGAUGGGCGGUAAUAGAAAUUUGAAAAAUAAAUAAAUAAAUAAAUUCAUCUGGGUUAGCGUGUUACGUAACACCGUGAAUGGAAUCCACCAUUGCAGUUUGUAAGCUGUGGUUACAAAAUGUGUGAAUCUAGCACCACUGUAUUUCUGGACAGAUUUACUAUGUGAAUAAAACAAGAAAUAAAACCAUGUCUGCUGUUUUCAAAGAAAGGGAUAGAAACUCAACAAAACAUUUUGUCCUAGCUGUAUUUAUUUGAAGAGUUAGUUCAAAUGAGCUCAAGGUAACUUAUUGCCUAACCCAUUUGCUACAUGUCUUUAUUUGUUUAGUGUCAAACUCCUAAAUUCUUUCUGUGUCAAACUCCUCAAAUAAUUUAGCGUUUGACUUGAAAGAGACAUUCUGUUCUUCAGAAUAGCUAUGACAUGUCAUCAAGUUAGCAGAAAAAUUGGAUAUGAUAAAUGUGUGUGCAGCCUUUGGUGCAAGUUGCGUGUAAAUAUAUUGCAUUUCAGAGCAGCAAUAAAAAAAAAUUGCUUAUACUUCAUGAUUGGUUUGAAGAGUUGCUACUCUGGCUGCAAUGCUUGGCAAUAGUAUUUCAUAAACAACUGUAUGAGUAGCAGGCUGAAUUCAAAACAGGUCAGAUUAAACAGGUCAGAAUAAGAGUAUUUUACAAUACUACAGUAUAUGCAUUGGACAAACCAAUUUAUCCGUAAUCCAGACCUGUACAUUUCUCUUUGGAUAACCUACACAGGAGAGUGAUCCUUAAACCAAGAAAAGAUUUUGCAGUAUUAAGAGUUCUGUGUGCCCUUGUUCUUUAAAGCUAUAUAUAGCCAACUGUAAUAGGAAGAACUAGCUCAGAAAAAUUAGGUUGGUCCCUAACUUAGCAAGGAGCAUCGCAAGAGGGUAAGAACUGCCAUUCAAAACAGGAGCAGAAUUGACUUGCUUAUCCUUCGCAAGAGGAAACAGGAACUCUGAGUAAUGAUCUGGCACCACAAAUAGGAGCUUCUGAGUACUGGCUGACACCGUACAUUAAACCAUAAUUGUUUUGGCUUACCGUACGUUGUAUCUACCUAACCACUGUGAUCUGUAAACUGGAUUAUGACUUAAUUUACUGUGUGAACCAGGCUGAUAGGUUCUUCAAUAAACCAUGAUAAAAACAAA